AUGUGUCAAAACAACCUAAAUGGCGACAAUUCAGGCCGGAAAGGUCAUAGUUCCCAACCAGAACAUACCCAAGACAAGGAACCAAGUAGUGGCACUAGGGUGGCUCAAAACAGCACACAUAGUGGCAGUUACUUUUACUAUACAGAGAAGAGUACUCCAUACUGGGAUGACUCUAACGGCAUUAUAUAUGACAUUCCCAGCUCAAUAUCACUAUGUAUCUCAAACAAACACGCGCGAACAACUGGUGGCGGACGAUCCGUUCAGCAGGAGCAGAACAGUUACGCGGAUACAGUUAGCGGCGGAGUUUACCGAACAGAACGUAGCACAAACCUUGUGCCAAUUCUACCAAAUUCUGCUGUGGAUACCAAACGUGAUAUAGAUAGCGUCAGAUUCAUGGAUCUGCGUCCAUCUUUCAAGCCAAAAGAUAUGCGAAGAGACAAUGGUCUACAAAGUCCGAAGAAAGACAUUAUUGGUACUGAUCUGGAUUCGAAGAAUAGGCGAGGAUUUUUGCAUAGAGGAUUCGAUGGCAGAUUUGAAAAAUCUGCUACGAAGCACAGUGUGCUAAGAACAGAGGUGAUGUCUCUACAGACUUCAAUGGACCGGCCAAAGUGGCCGACAAGAUGCGAGAACAGACCUACAUUCUCCGUAUCGUCAGAAAUCGUUAAAGGGAGAAGUACAUUCCAGACCAUUUGCAACAACACAUUGGAACAGCGGAACCCGUUCUUGGCAACCACAGAAACAGCUUCGCCAUUGGAACUCUUCAGGUCGAAACAGGAAUCUCGGUGCAUAAAGGAGAGCAGGGCAUCUUUACUCGACCAAGUAAUAAGAAUCCGCGGAGAAAAGCAAUCAAAAGCACUCAGGACUCAUGAAACCGGACACUCAGACCAUUCGUCGGGCUACGAAGAUAAGCGGCAGAUUGCAGAUAAAACGCAUGCAAGAGCAACAGAUCUAACGAGAUCAAAAUUAACUAUUAAGUCAAGCUCAACUAUGCAAGAUGCUGGAAGCACAUCUCACAUUUCAUAUGCGAGUAGGGUUGAAGACUGA